AUGACGGCCGAGCUAAAUUUAUCAAUGGACGCAAAUAUAACACCAUCCAGAAAAAGGAAACGCCAGCAACCAUUCCCCGAAGAAAUUAUUAACAAGAGUUCAGGUUUUACAAAUGAAGCGUUCAGUUCUACGCCGAAAAAGAUCCUGGCCAAAAGGCGGCUAAACAAGGAGAAUGCCUUGGCAUUUGCAAACAAUGCUGGUCUGGAAAUAAAAUCGAUUGAGGAUAUAGUCAAGGAUGGAGAGGAACAGCAACAGCAAUUACCGCCAAAUCCCUAUGAGGUUUUGCGUAAGCCUCCCAAGAAAAAAAAACGUCCUGCCGAGGUGGCUUGUUUUGAGAAUCCGGCACUGAAUAUUAAUGUACCAGAGAAACAAUUUAAUCCAUAUGAGGUUGUACGUGAAAAUGUACCCCUGGCAAAUUCCAAUUGUUUUGUUAAUCCGGCAUUGAAUUUAAAAACCCACGAUCUGCCAGCUUCUAAAAAUCCCUUUGAAAUACAAAGAGAAACCACAACCAAAGAUGAUAUACCCAUUAUGCCGUGUAAAUUAAAAAUAGGUUUACCUUUUGUUCCAAAUGUGGGUUGUCGCAUCGAUUUCAAGGACAUGUCCAUGUCUCAGUUAACACCCACAAAACUUUUGGCCGAAAAACUUGUUUUCUCUCCCGUGGUAAUGAAACCGAAUAAAGUGUCCUUAGGAUCCAUUGGUGAAGAAGAUACCAUGGAUAUUGGUAAAGAAUUGGAUUGUUAUCAAUUGGAAUUGGAGAAUAGCAUAAAUGAGGCCAAGUUAAGGAAAAAUGGUAUCACCGAACACUUGCCCAUGUCUCCGAUCAAUGAAAGUAUUAAAUUGGAAGAAACUGUAGAGCGACAUACCCAAACCCAAGUAGAAAUAACAAAUGGGGUUGUAACAAAAAUCACUGAAGAAAGUUCGGAAACAACAACACUACAACGUAUAGAAGAAGAACCAAGUGGUGUAACAGAUUCCAAGCAGGUCAAUACAAACCCAUUUGAACAAAGUAAUUUACCAGAAGUUCCACUACCUAAAUUGGAUUUGGUUACCAAAAAUCCCUUUGCCUUGGAUGAGGAAGAUGAAAUUGUGGUGAAACCAGAAGAUUUGGAUGAACUUUAUGGUCCCGAUAGUGAUAUUGAAGAUGCUAAUGAAUCGUUUGACUUUAAGACACCAGCUCCAUUUGUUAGAGCCUACACCAAGGCCACUCCAGCCUUAAAGGUAAGCAAAGAAUCUUUGGAAAAUGUGGAAAGCAGCGAUAAUGAUAAACACAAAGACCACAAGAAAUCAGCCUCCGUUAAAAAUAUGAUACGUAAGUCAAUACGUAAACUAAUGCAUCCCAAUGGACAUCAGUCGUCAACAAAAACAGAAGCAUCAGAAGAAGGCGAAGCUGAAGGUCAGGAAAAACAAGCCACACAUGGUGGUAUUUUAAAUAGCAUACGCCAAAGUUUGCGGCGCAAACCCUCCCGUGUUCCUUUGGCUGAAGAAGAAGGACAAACGCAAAUCACCGAACUGUCCAUUAUUGAUGGCAGCGAAAGGACAAUGAAAUUGAAAUCGGAUUUGGUACAAACAGAAUAUGUUAAAAUUGAAGAUCUGACAAAUGAAAAGAAGCACAGCCUACGCAGUAGCAUACGGCGUUCCACGCGAGAAGUUGGCCACCAAUUGAUGAAAUCAGUAUUUCACAAGAAACACGAAGAAUAUGAGUUUGCAAACAAUCAUUAA